UUGAGAAUAUGAAGACUCUACUGGUUAUACUCUGUGUGGCUACUGUUGCAUAUGCCGACGAAAGAUGCGAAAGCAUGGGUGGUACCUGUCAGCUUGACAGUCUUGCGUGUGUAAAUGGUCACUAUCGAAGCGGAUUGUGUUCCGGUGGUGCUGACAGGAGAUGCUGCGUUCCUAGUAUUUACUGUGGUGAUGUACAGGUGAUUACCCGAGCCCAGUGGGAGGCACGAGACCCAAUAUCCAAAAGCACGAUGCCCACACCUGUUGAUCUGAGCUUUAUACACCAUACUGCCGGUAACAGUUGCUAUAAUAUUGAUGAUUGCUGUGCACAGAUGCGUAGUAUACAGAACUAUCACAUGAAUGACAACGGGUGGAAUGAUAUCGGAUACAGUUUUCUGAUUGGUGAAGACGGCAACGCAUACGAAGGGCGUGGUUGGGGAGUAGAGGGCGCUCAUACUAGUGGUUAUAAUGAUGUUUCACAUGGAAUGUCAUUUAUGGGCACAUACAUGUCUCGCCUGCCGAAUACUGCAGCCAUGGAUGCUUGCUACGACCUUUUGCAAUGUGGCAAGGACGAAGGGUUCAUCACAAGAUUUGGUCACUGCAUUCAGGGUCAUCGUGACGCAGGUACGACGUCAUGUCCGGGAGAUGCACUUUAUAAUGACAUGCAGUCAUGGCCUGAGUAUUGUUAAACUGUACUUGGUUGAAUAAAAACAAUAAUCAUAAUAAUUAAUU